AUGGAGAUAGAUUUAGGAAAAGUUCCUUUUACCAUGGAUUUCCAUCCUUCGACUAAUCUAGUGACUGCCGGCCUGAUCACUGGCGACCUUCACCUAUACCGUUUCAAUGCUGAUUCCUCGCCACAAAGAUUGUUGGAUAUUCAUGCACAUACUGAGUCUUGUAGAGCUGCUAGAUUCAUCAAUGAUGGACAAGGUUCUAGUGAUUGCUCCAUUCUGGCAACAGAUUUGGAAACUGGUUCACCAAUUGCUCGUCUAGAAAAUGCCCAUGAGGAUGCCAUCUUUAGUUUGAUAAACCUCACAGAGUCAACCAUUGCAACUGGGGAUGAUCAAGGAUUUAUCAAGGUAUGGGAUACCAGGCAACGCUCUUGUUGCAAUUCUUUUAAUGCACACGAAGAUUAUGUUUCAGAUAUGACUUUUGUAUCUGAUUCCAUGAAACUUCUGUCAACAAGUGGAGAUGGGACCCUUUCUGUUUGCAACCUUCGCAGCAAUAAAAUCCAAUCUCAGUCUGAAUUUUCUGAAGAAGAGCUAUUGUCUGUUGUUAUUAUGAAGAAUGGUCGGAAAGUUAUAUGUGGUUCGCAGAAUGGAACUCUGCUAUUGUAUUCUUGGGGCUUUUUCAAGGACUGCAGUGAUCGCUUGACUGGUCUUUCUCCAAACUCCAUCGAUUCUUUGUUGAAGCUUGAUGAAGACAGAGUCAUUACUGGAUGUGAGAAUGGACUCAUAAGUCUGGUAGGCAUAUUACCUAACAGAAUCAUCCAACCUCUUGCUGAACAUUCGGAGUAUCCUAUUGAGCAUCUUGCCUUUUCUCAUGACAGAAAGUUUCUCGGCAGUAUAUCACAUGAUCAAGUGUUAAAGAUGUGGGAUUUGGAUGAUUUAUUGCAAAAUUCUGUAAAUGCUCAAAAUGAUCAAGCUGCUGCAUCAGACAGUGAUAGUGAUGAAAUGGAUGUGGAUACUAAACCUCCAAAGUCUAGAAAAGGUACCCUGGAUUUAAUUGCUGAAUUAUGA